AUUUUUGUUUAUUUAAAACUCGUAUAAAUUAAAAAAAAAUUAAUUAAUUCUAGUAUUUUAUAAACGCUAUAUCAUGUUUUGAAAAAAAGAAAGGAAAAAAAAAAGCACUAUAUCAUCCGAGUGGUGGUGCUUGGUCGGUUAAUUACGGAGAGGAUUCUAAAGGCAAUUUUGUAAUUUGAAGUAAAAGCAAGGCUGUUCCUAUAAGUGACUGCGACUUGCUCGUUUCUUUUCUCUUCUCUCUCAAUCGGCCAUUCUCUGCAUACAGAAGAAAGAGAAAAGUCUGGGGAAAAUACGAAAGAAAAAAUUCUCCGGGAGAACGAAAGAAGAAGAAACUCGCAGUUAAGCCAAAACAUCUCUCACUUUUGGUUGAAAGAGGAAGGGAAAUGAAGAGCUGCGAGCUCUGCAAGUUGACUGCAAGAACGUAUUGUGAAUCAGACCAAGCGAGUUUGUGCUGGGAUUGUGACGCUAAAGUUCACGGAGCCAACUUCCUUGUGGCGAGACACGUGAGAUGUCUUCUCUGUCAUGCGUGCCAGUCUGUCACUCCGUGGAGAGCCGCUGGUUCCAAGCUCGGUCACACGGUCUCCUUCUGUGAGAGGUGCGUCAACUACGGUGAUCGAGAAGAGAGCGAAGGAGAAAAUGAGGACGACGACGAAGAAGAAGAAUAUGAUGAUGACGUGUCAGUUGGUGAUGAUGUGGAGGACGGAGAUAAUCAGGUGGUGCCGUGGUCCACAGUAGCAAAUAGACCUCCGCCGGCUUCCAGUUCGUCUAGUAUCGAAGAUUUAACCGGUGGUGAAAGAGAGGUCUCUAGAUCAACAAAUUCGUUUUCAUUGAAAAGGUUGAGAGAAAAUGCUUCAGAUCUUCGCCCUCAGGACGAUCUAUCUCCUAAACGGAGGUACGAUUACCGUACUGUUUUGGCUACUCGGUACAGACCAAAGGAGGAAGCCGUAUAUGCUGACUCUAUGAGGCUUUCGGAUGACCAACAGAUCAAACCGGAGCGAACGGCUCAGUUUCAGUCCGAUGUGAGUGGCGGGGGGAGUACGGAGUCAUUGGGGAAAAAACUAAAGCCUGAUAAAAUCCAGUAAAAAAAUACAUCCUGAAUCUGCUAGUAACUGUAAUCCCCUUAGCCGUCCGAUUUGAGUUGGUUUGGCCUGAUAUUUCUGAUGAUCUAACCUAUUCUAACUAUAGUCUUUGAUUAAUCUU